CAAGCUUCCCUAGCUACCAACCUCAUUCUUACUCACAACUACUGCAAUUGCAAUUGAGCACCUCACAAAAACUACCUUCUGGUGGUCCUCUGGUGUUACAACCAACCAACCAAGCUACCUCGUUUCUCAGCUGCUUAAUCGCCUCUUCUUCUUCUUCAUCUUCUCCUCGGUUGGUACAGGAGAGGUCAAGCUAGGGAGCUACCGGGCAGGAAGGUAGAUGCUAGGGAUGGACCAUGAGCACCACCAUCAGGAGGAGUCGUGUGUUCCUCCGGGGUUCAGGUUCCACCCCACGGAGGAGGAGCUGGUGGGGUACUAUCUGGCCAGGAAGGUGGCUGCCCACAAGAUCGACCUCGACAUCAUCCAGGAGGUCGAUCUCUACAGGAUCGAGCCAUGGGACCUCCAAGAGAGGUGCGGCGGCAGCAGGGGAGGACGGGGAGCGCGUCAGGUGGCGGAUGAAAAUCAGUCGUCGUCGGAGUGGUACUUCUUCAGCUUCAAGGACCGCAAGUAUCUAAGCGGCACGCGCACCAACCGCGCCACGGCGGCCGGGUUCUGGAAGGCCACCGGCCGCGACAAGCCGGUGAUGUCGUCGAGGAGCCGAGGGGUCAUCGGCAUGAGGAAGACGCUGGUGUUCUACAGGGGCCGUGCACCCAAUGGUAGGAAGACCGACUGGAUCAUCCACGAGUACCGACUCCAGACAAACGAGCACGCGCCCACACAGGAGGAAGGUUGGGUGGUGUGCCGGGCGUUCCAGAAGCCGACCCCGAGCCAGAGGCAGUCCUACAUCUUCUCGGCAUACGCCUCCGAGCCGGGUCUCGUGGGCUACUACGAUGACCUCCAUUACCUGCAGAGCGCCACUGGCGCUGCCGGAGCCGGCGGCCUUGGCUUCCCGAGCCAGGACGUCAUGUACUGCUCCGAGGACCUGCUGGACUCCAAGCAGAGUCUCUUCGGCAAUAUCCCGCAGCUCAUCGAGAGCCCGCCGCCGACUGCCCUUCUACGCUGCGUCGACGAUGCCAUCUUCCAGCAGCAGGGUCCGGGACAUGCGGUGGCCGGCAUCGACUGGAACUUCCUGGACAGCUUGCCGUCCACGUCGCAGCUGCAGGAAUACUCUGCCACUGCUGCGUCAAAUCUUCACCUAGAGCAGUGAAGUAGAGUUAGCAGACAUACCGUAGCAGCAUCGAUUUCAUUGUAUACAUGAUUUCAUAGUAGACGAGUCUUGGUUGACACUUGUACCUAGCUAGACUAUCCUCUGUUUCACUUAUAGGAAAUUUCAGGGACAGCUGAUUUGUCGUACGCAUCAUUUGCUAAUAAUAGUCCACUACUGCAGAGUACAGGCAGUAUAGAGCCUAGAUGGUGGACCUCCAUGUCCAUGCGUUUGUGUUGCGCCUGAUGGACACUCGUGAACCUAGCAUCGUAGUGUGGGUUCUACUCUCUCCGUUCGGAUUUACUCGUCGUGGUUUUAGUUCAGAUUUGAACUAAAAUCACGACGAGUAAAUUGGAACGGAGGGAGUAGUUUACAGCAGGCAGACAUACCACUCUUUUUCACUCAGUGAAUUUGUUGUACAACUGAU